AUGAAUCAAAACAACUAAAAUCUUCCAUAAUGUAAACAUAUCAUACUAUUAUUUUAGUUUAACAAUUCAACUUACAACAAAAUAUGGACAAUUAAUAAUUCAAAAAUCAGCAGAAUUAAGGUAAAAUUUAACUUAAAAUCUUUUAGUAGGUGAAGGAUAUUAACAACUAAAUAUGAAUUAUCAAAAUACCAAUAACAACUAACCUUUUACUAAUAAUAAUCCCAAUACUCCUAAUUAGAUAAACAAUAAUCAAUAUACUUAAGCUUAGAUGGGUCCAAAUAUUUAUGGUUAAGCGAAUGCUGGUCUAUAUCCUUCAGUUCCUAUUGAUAUGGGCCAAUUUAAUAAAAGUUAUAAUACGAGUCAAUAUCCUUAUAAUUAAAAUUAGUUGAUGAAUUAAUUUCAACCAGGUUCGAUGAGUAUAGGUCCAAAUCCUAUUGUAUCACUCAAUCCACCAAACUUAAACUUCCAAACUCCAAGAACAACUUUACCUACUAUAUCGUAGAAAGAAAAAGAACUUCAAAAAAAAGUUAAUGACUUAGAAGAAGAAUUAAGGGAAAAAGAAGAAGAAUAUAGAGAAAACAUAAAAAAGGAAAAAAAACCAUUGCAGCAAUCUAUUAAUGAUUUAAAAAAAAAAAUUCAAGAAUUAGAGGAUGAUAUUUUUGAUUAAAAAAAAUUGAUCUCAACUCUAUAAUCUGAUAAUAAUAAUAAAUUGUUUUAAAUUGAUAAAAUAUCUAAAGAAAAAUCUAAUUUUGAAACAUAAAUGAAUGAUAUGUAAGGGGAAAUUGAGACUUUAAGGAAUAAUAAUUAAUUACUAAUUCGUAGAUCAGUAGUAAGCCCUACAGUAGGUGUUGCUUAAUAAUUUGAUCAACAAUUGAUAUAAUAAUAUGAUUAAUAAAACAAUAAGAGUAAAGAAGAAGUGAAAAAAUUAAAAGAAGAUAAUAAUAAAUAAAAACAAUAAUUUGAAGAUCAAUUAGAGAGUGUUCAAAGAGAAUUAGAUAAAUAAAUUAAGCAAGUUGAUAAGGAACAUCAAUAUUUUAUGGAAGCAAGAGAUGAGAUUACUAAAUUAUAAAAAGUCAUCAAAUAAAAGGAAGAAAAAAUUAAAUAGUAAGAUUUGUAAUAAAUGAAUUUUGUUGAUACUUUAAGAUAAGCUAAUAUGGAUAAACAAAAAUUGGAGGAUAAGAUAAAAUAAAAAGAUUUUGAGAUAACUUCAAUGAAUGAUCAAAUUUAAUUAUUGUAAAAUUAAGUAAAUUUUCUAAAAGAUUUAAUUAAAGAUUCAUAAAAUGGAAAAUAAAUUAAACUUGAUUAAAAUAAUUAAUUUCAAUAAUUGGAAAAAUAAAUGUAAUGGCUAAAUUAAAAAAAAAAUGAGGAUUAAUAAAAAAUUGAAUAAGAAAUAUAAUAAAAUGAAUUGACUAGAAAAGAAAAAUUAGAGAAAGAGAGAAAAAAAAAAGAAGAAAUGCAAAAAUAAGCAGAGCUUAAAAAAGGAAAUUUACUUUUAAAGGGAAAUGAAUAAAUGUAACAAGCUAAAAAAGAGUUUGGUUAAUUAGAUGUCUGUUUUAUUGUCGAUGUUACUGGGUAUUGAUAUUAUAUUAACUUAAGGUCUAUGGAUUCAUAUAAAGAAUAAACCAAAAGAUCAGUCUAAGGAUCUUUAAAAAUAAUAAAAUAAGCAACAAAUAGAGAAACAAAUUGGGCAUCAGUUUGUUAUUAAGAUAAAGCUGAAUUAUAAUCAUUAGGAAAAUAUCAUGAAUUUCCAUUUUCAAAAGAUUAGUAAGCACUUGAAAAAUGGUUUGAUGGAAUUAAGUGUUCUGGAGGAGGAGAUGCAGCUGAAGAUAUAAGAGGAGGAAUCAAAUAAGUUUGCAAAUUAAGUUGGCCUAGUAAAUUUAGAAUUGCAAUUAUAAUUUGUGAUGCUCCAUGUCAUGGUAAAAAAUAUAAUGGAGGUUGUGGAGAUAAUUUUCCUGAUGAAGAUAUUUAGGAUGCUAUUGAAGAAUUAAUUGAAAAAAAUAUAGUUUUAAUAGCACUUAAUUUUACAAAACAUACUACAGUCAUGUAUGAAGAAAUAAAGAAAAUAUAUGAAUCUAAGAAAAAAUAAGAGCUAUUUCUUUACUAAGAUUUAUAAAAAAUGGAUUAAAAUUAAAUGGCAUAGACUAUGACGAAGUAUAUAGGUGAAGCAUCAUAAAAUGCAACCUAAACAAAUAAAAAUUAAACAAAAUCUAAAUAAGUAGCAGUUUAAUAAGAAAUUCCAAGAGAAAAAGAAGGUGCUAUGGAAGCUCUAUGUAAAUAGGGAAAUUUUUAUAAAUUUGAAGAAUAGCCAAAUGUUAAAACUGUUAAUACUAAGUUUGAAGUUUGGAGAGUAGAAAUAAAAGAUGAAGAGUUUAAUAAAAAUAUUGAAACUAUAGAAAAGAUUUAAUGUCCAUAAGAUUUUUCUAAGUUUAAAGAAGGAACUUGGAAUUGUUUAAGAACUGAAAAACCAUUUGCUUUUGGUAUGAUGAAAGAUGUAUUUUUAAUGAAAAAAUUAAAUGUAAAUUCUGAUGAAUUAUAUGUCAUAAAAACACCUAUUGGUAGUUAACCAUACAAAACUAUGAAUGAUGCUUUAAAGGAAUGUAAAUCACAUUUGAUUUGUCAGAAACUUAUGAAAAAAUUUGUUUCUGAAUUAUAAGAAUAAGCUACUGAAAAAGAUAAGAAUAUAAAAAUACCACCUGUAAUAUAUAGUGAUUUCUUAAUACUUGAAGAAUCAUAAAGUAUUUAUAUUAUAUUAUUUAUUUAAUUAGAUUCAUUUUGGAUUGCAGAAAGAUUUUUUAAAGGAGAAUUUGUUAAAUAUAAUAAUAAUUAUGGUUUUAUAAAUGAAGAUUAUCAGACUGACUUAAAUAAGUUUGCAUAAUCAUUUACAUAUUAUACAUAUUUUAUCAGCAAUUUUAAUUACAUGGUUAGUGAUGUACAAGGAGUGGGUAAUUAUUUCACUGAUCCAGCUAUCAAUACACAUAAAGGUAAUAUUUAUAUAUUAAAAUUAUUAGGAGAUUUUGAUGAAACAGAUAUGGGAGAAGAGGGAUAAAUGAUGUAUUUGGUUAAUUAUGAAAAUAAAAAGGCAUUACUAACAUAUGAUUAUCUAGGUUUAUUGGGAAUUUAUGAAUGA